GAGUUAUUUGGAAGAUGGCGCCCGUUGUUACGGGGAAGUUUGGUGAGCGACCUCAGCCUCAGCAUUUGACAAGGGAGGCUAUGAGGAGUUACUUGAAGGGGAAAGAUGAUCAAACAGUGCUCAUACUACAUGCAAAAGUUGCACAAAAGUCAUAUGGCAAUGAAAAAAGGUUUUUCUGCCCUCCACCAUGUGUGUACCUGAUGGGCAGUGGCUGGCAGAAGAAGUUAGAGAAUAUGGAGAAGGAGGGUUGCACAGAGCAGGAGGCCCAGCCGUGUGCGUUCAUUGGGAUAGGCAACAGUGAGCAGGAGAUGCAGCAGCUCAAUCUGGAGGGGAAGCACUUCUGCACAGCUAAGACACUGUAUAUCAGUGACUCAGAUAAAAGGAAACACUUCAUGCUGUCUGUGAAGAUGUUAUACGGGAACAGCGCCAACAUAGGAGUCUUCCUCAGCAAGAGGAUCAAGGUCAUCUCCAAGCCCUCCAAGAAGAAACAGUCCUUGAAAAAUGCAGAUUUGUGCAUCGCUUCAGGGACGAAGGUGGCGUUGUUUAACCGCCUGCGUUCCCAGACGGUUAGUACCAGGUAUCUUCAUGUGGAGGGGGGAAACUUUCUUGCCAGCUCCCAACAGUGGGGCGCCUUCUACAUACACCUCUUGGACGAUGAGGAGUCUGAAGGAGAGGAGUUUGCUGUGAGAGAUGGCUAUAUUCACUAUGGCCAGACGGUCAAAUUGGUCUGCUCUGUUACUGGCAUGGCCCUGCCCAGACUGGUCAUUCGCAAAGUGGACAAGCAGACUGCGUUAUUAGAUGCAGAUGACCCAGUGUCCCAGCUUCACAAGUGUUGCUUCUACCUGAAAGAUACAGACAGAAUGUAUCUCUGUCUCUCACAGGAGAGGAUCAUCCAGUUCCAGGCCACAGCGUGCUCCAAAGAAACUAACAAGGAGAACAUUAACGAUGGGGCUUCCUGGACUAUCAUUAGCACUGACAAGGCAGAGUACACCUUUUAUGAGGGAAUGGGCCCUGUCACCACACCGGUCACACCUGUCCCCGUGGUGGAAAGUCUGCAGUUAAAUGGUGGAGGAGAUGUGGCAAUGUUGGAGCUGACCGGGCAGAACUUCACCCCGAACCUCAGAGUGUGGUUCGGAGAUGUGGAGGCUGACACCAUGUACAGAUGUGGAGAGGUCAUCCUCUGCGUGGUGCCGGACAUCUCUGCCUUCAGGGAGGGCUGGCGCUGGGUCCGACAGCCGGUGCAGGUCCCUGUCACGCUGGUCCGGAAUGAUGGAAUCAUCUACGCCACCGCCCUCACCUUCACCUACACCCCAGAACCGGGGCCGCGGCCCCACUGCAGUGCCGCUGGGGCCAUUCUGAGGUCACAUAGCACCUCUUCGUCAUCACCAGCAUCUUCAUCCUCACCAUCAUCCUCGUUGGACCCCUGCAUGGUGGUGUCUCCACCAUGUAUGAGCGAGGCGGACCGCUACAGCCUGGAGGCCCUGCGGAGCAUCCAUCAGAUGAUGGACGAUGACCAAGACGGCGGGAUUGAGGUGGAGGAGAGCGUGGAGUUCAUCAUUGAAGACAUGAAGCAGCAGCAGACCAACAAACACAGCAACCUGCACAGAGAAGACCAGCACAUUACAGUUGAGGAGCUCUGGAGGGGCUGGAAGUCAUCUGAAGUACAUAAUUGGACUCAAGACGCGGUUCUUCGCUGGCUAAAGGAGUUUGUUGAGUUGCCUCAGUAUGAGAGGAACUUUAAAGACUUUAAGGUCAAUGGAAACACGCUUCCCAGGAUUGCAGCUAAUGAGCCGUCGUUCCUGAGUGGCCAUCUGAGGGUUCAGGACCAGAGAGACAAGCAGAAGCUCAACAUUAAAGCUCUGGAUGUCGUUCUGUUUGGACCGCCUACACGUCCUCCUCAUAACUACAUGAAGGACCUGCUGCUAAUUGUAUCAGUGGUGAUGGGAGUUGGAGGCUGCUGGUUUGCCCAAGCCCAGAACAAAGCCAGUAAAGUACACAUAGCCAAGAUGAUGAAAGAUUUGGAAAGUCUGCAGAGGGCUGAACAGAGCCUCAUAGAUCUGCAGGAACAACUGGAGCGAGCCCAGGAGGAAAAACGCAACGUCGCAGAGGAGAAACAGAAUCUGGAGGAGAAGAUGAGGGACGAGAUCAUGGGAGCGCAGGAGGAGGCUCACCGUCUGCACGAGCUGAGGCAGGGAGCUGUCAGUGAGCUCAGCCGCCUUAGAUAUGCAGAGGAAGAGUUGGAGCAGGUACUUGGAGCACUGAAGCAGGCAGAGAAGGAAAUGCAUGCUAGCUGGACAGCCUCAGAGGCCCUCCAGCAGUGGCUGCAGCUGACACAUGAGGUCGAGGUCCAGUACUACAAUGUCAAGAAGCAGAGAGCAGUACUACAGCUUGCCUCCGCUAAGGAAGAGGUACGCAGCUAUGCUUCGUUGCAGGCAGAGAGGAUUAAGAAAAAGAGGAGUUCUGUGCUGGGGACUCUCCAUGUCGCCCACAGUUCCUCUCUAGACCAAGUUGACCACAAGAUCCUGGAGGCAAAGAAUGCCUUGUCUGAACUAACAGCCUGCCUACGGGAGCGCCUUCAUCGCUGGCAGCAAAUUGAGCGCCUCUGUGGCUUCCCCAUCAUCAGGAAUCCUGGCCUCGCAAACCUCACUGCUCAGCUCUACUCAGACUCAGUUGCCCUUGGCUUGCCCCGAGUACCCCAGCCAUCUUGGUCAUGCCACAGUUCUGUCCAUGGAUCUUUAGAAGAUCUGUUAGAAGAGUCUGCUUCUCCGAUCUUACCACAGAUGCCAGUUCCAGUUCCACCACUGAAGCGCUCUCCUCGAACACAGCAAUCCACUAUAUGUCGGUCACGUCGUUCCGGCGUCAUCACUCAGCCACCAGCCGGCAUAAUCUCCACGGACCCUGAUCUUCUCAUCCCAAUCCGAGCCCCAUACCCCUGUUUUGAUGAGGAAGAUGGGCGCUUCCUGAAAACUCUGAAGAAACAAGACUCCCAAGAGAUGUUUUCAGACACAGAAUACAUGACAUCACCCACUCUCAGCAAAAUGUUCCCAUGCCCCACUCUUGACGCGUCCUCUCAAAAGCUCUAUCAUGAUGAAACCGAGCUACUUUCAGACAGCUCCAUUGCAAAUCCAUUGAGUAAAGAAGCAGAAGCGGUUGAAUCUCCAGUUCGCAAAAUUUCUAUCCAAGAGAUUGAAGCUUCUGUAGAUGCUUCUUGCAGGAAGAUCGUGAAAGACAAAGUGUUGGAUACAGCCUUUGAAAACCCUUCUUUGAAGAUGUCCAAAGAAGAAUCUUUGAUAGAGGCUACAUCGAGGAAGAUAUCCAGAGACAGGAGUGAAGUUCCCAUGAACGUUGCAGUUAGAAAGGGGCUUUGCAAUGAGUUGGAUGCAGACCUUACAGCCAGGAAAGUAGAGAGGGAUACAAUAGGAGAUUUGGUGGACACCGCUUCGAGGAAUGUAUACAGAGAAAGAAGUGAUUUACCUCUGGAUGUACGAAAGAUUCUUUGGAAUGAAAUAGAAGCAACAACAGAUGUUGCACCUAGGAAGAUAUCAAGAGACAUGAUGGGGGUUUCAAUGGACAGUGUCUCGAGAAAGAUGAUGCGAGAUGAUGUUGAGCGUCCGCUUGACUCCGUAUCCAGAAGGCUUGCAAGGGAUUCAAUGGGAAUGUCCCUCGACACAAGUUCUAGAAAGCUUCCAUGGAAUAAAGGAGAAUGCCAGCUUGAUUCAUCUGUCAGGGCAUUAGCAAUGGACAAAAUGGUUGAGACCACAAAGACACCAUCAAGAGAGAUAUCUAGAGAUGAGCUGGAGAGUUGCACAGAUACUGCUUCCAUAAGGAUGUUACCCAGAGAGAAAUUUGAAGCACUUAUGGAUACCUUGUCCUCCACAGAGAAGCAAGAGUUCGGUUUAGAGCCAUCAACGAGUAGGAGGAUUCUGAGAGAUGAACUUGAGAUAUCUGCUGCUUCUCUCAGACGGAGACUACCAAGAAUAACAAGAGAUGACAAUGACAGCUCCACUGACAGUCCCACAGGAAAAAUCGCUUGGGAUAGAGCUGAUGUGUCAAUGGAAAAACCAAAACAAUCAAUACUGAGGGAGGAGUUGGGAGCAUCUGAGUCAAGUUCAUCUUCGGGUCAAAGUGGACAGCCGGACCUUAUGGUAACCUCCCACGGGCCAUGGAAGUCGUCAUCAGACCUUUUCCCUGUUGGCCCAUUGAGCCAGCUUGUUUAUGAUGGAAUCCUUGAGAAGUCCUGCAACUCCAUGGCUACGACCCCAGCCAUCCUCUCUGCCUCAACACCCAACCUGCCCCAGAGCAGGCUGCUAACAGAGGCGGAGCCGCCACUGCCACCGCCAAGUAUUGCUUCCCCAAGUAUUGCAUCACCUUCAUUGCCCUGUGAGAAGCACAAGGAUAAGGAAAAGAGCAAGAGAUCCUUAAAGCUCAAAAAUCUUUUUAAAAAGAAAAAUGAGCCGGCUCCGGAGAAUCUUCAAAGCGGUCUUCAGAAACUCUGAGAAUGAGCUGAGAAUAUUUUCUUUUUUUAAAAAACAUUUUAUUGAACUAAAAAAAGCUACUUUGACCUCAUUGUAGACAGGUUUUAGUGAAAAGACUCAAAGUUUUCAGUUUUCAGCACCAGUGGUGUCUGGAACAACAAAACAAAGUAAGAGAAACAAGUAAUAUAUUCACGUUUCCAGUCUCUGAGUUUGAUAUUAAAAGCACUGACAGAAUCAUGACACAGUAUGAUGUUUAAUGUUGUGCCUGUAAAAAAAGUCAUUUGGACACUUGUCAGUUGCAUCUGUAAGGAGAUCAAGAUGACUAUCAUUGGAGAUAUCUGAUGCUGAUUUCUGUUUUUAAGUCUACGUAGACAUUUUAGAUGCAGAUUUUUUUGAGGCUUUGCGUAUGGUUGAAGGAUUAAAUGAUGUUUAAACUGACAUGUAACAGAAGCAAUGCUUGACUUCACUUUAAACCUACAGUGAAGACAUUUACUGUGGUAGAAAAUGAAUAUAUUCUAUUUAAGUUUAGUUUAAUUUAGUGAUGUCGAAAUCACAGUUUUCCCCCGAUCCCAAUUUGAUUCCUAUUAUACUGAGUAUGAAACAAGAGCUGGUCUGACAUUUUUGUUAAUUUUCCCAUACACACAGUGUGUGCACAGUACAAAAAUAAUGCAGUUUUUACAGUUUAAAGACCAUAAAAAACUAUUUAGUCAGUAGUUUUUGUCAAACUGCUGGCUGCUUUCUUUUUAUUUUUUAUGCUCUACCAUUCACUUGCAUGUGCCUCUAUCACAGCAUUGUGAUAGUGUUUUCAUGAAGUGCACUGGGGCAUUUUUAAAGGAAGGAAGAGCACACAGGUUUGGAAGUGGGUCAGACUUAACAAAGCCAAUAUUGAUCCAUUUAAAGAAGGAUCUGUCCCGAUCCUGUGGAUCAUGACAACCCAAGUUUUAUUGAAAAAGUUCUGCUUUGAUCUGACAAAUGCUCAUGAACAGGUUGCUUGCAAGCUGUUGUUUAUUUAUUUUAAAAAAAAUGUGUGCAUUUAAAUGCAUAUUUUAAAUGCUUGAAUUUUUGAUGUUUAUGGAGGAUUUACACUUAUUUUAUUGUUUACAGGCAUUA